UGACGACCCCUAAUAUGAAGGAAACCGGAAGCAGCCAUUCAGCACUAUGUAGCAGCAUUUUCUUGAAAAUGAAUGUUUGAUAGUAAUUUUUCUAAGUUUUUACUCUGAUUAAUUGAUUAUCUAAAUUUAUCUUUGUUUGGACCUUGUUUCACUCUUGUUUUAUUAUGCCAGUUUACUUCCAGCGACUCGAGAAUGCUCUUAAAAGAGCCAACGAGUUUAUUGAUGUCGGUAAGAAGACACGUGCACUGGAAAUUCUUUGUGAUGUUUUGCGUUCACGUAAACAUCGGGCCUGGAAAAAGGAACAUGAGGAUAUCAUGAUGAAGUACCUUGAGCUCUGCGUUGAAUUACGCAUGAGUUUCGUGGCUAAAGAAGGAAUUUACCAAUACAAGAUUAUAUGUCAACAAGCAUAUAUCAAGUCUUUCGAAGAUACUGUUAGGAAAUAUUUACAGAUGGCUGAAGCUGAGGCUGAAGCCGCUCGUGAAAAGUCUCACUCCACUGGAGUUGAUGAUGUUGAUGAUUUGGACGACUUGCAAACACCGGAAUCUCUUUUAAUGGGUACAGUCAGCUCUGAGGAUAGUCAAGAUCGGACAGAUCGUGUUAUUUUAUUACCAUGGGUCAGGUUUUUAUGGGAAUCAUAUCGACAUUGUUUAGAUAUCUUAAGGAAUAAUCCAAGAACUGAACGCUUAUACCAUGAUAUAGCUCACAAGGCUUUCCAAUUCUGUAUUAAAUUUAAUCGAAAAGCUGAAUUUCGAAAGCUUAGUGAAAACCUACAUCUUCACCUUGAUUUACUCAAAAAACAACAACAAAUGAUCAACAUUAAUCAAGUUUCCCAUCAACAACAAAACUUCAUAAAUCUUAACAAUCCUGACAGUCAAGCCAUGCACCUAGAAACACGCCUUGUUCAACUUGAUUCUGCCAUUCAAAUGGAACUCUGGCAGGAAGCUUACAGAGCAACAGAUGAUAUCAAGAAGUUUGGCUUAAUGAACUUAUCUAAGAAGCUUCCAAAGCCGCAACUUAUGGCCAAUUAUUAUCAAAAAUUAGCUCUUGUAUUUUGGAAAGCUAACUGUCCUCUUUUCCAUGCUGCUGCCCUUUUCAAACUUUUCACACUGACUAAAGAAUUACGUAAAAAUAUUACUCCAGAGGAUGUACAAAAAAUGGCCUCUCGUGUUGUUUGUGCCACUCUUUCUAUACCUAUACCUCCAACUCGUCCCGAGAUUGAUAAACUUGUUGACACUGAAGAAAAUGUGAUUGAAAAUCAUCAGCGUAAUCUUGCUUCGCUUUUGGGUUUAACCUCUGCCCCUACACGAUCAUCUUUGAUCAAAGAUCUUAAAAGAAUGGGAGUAUUACAGCACGCUUUUCCAACUCUACAGAGUCUAUAUCAAUGGUUGGAAGUUGAAUUUCAUCCAUUGCUCUUAUCAAAAAGAGUCGAGGAGUGUAUAAAAUUCAUAGAAUCUUGUGAAAUCAGUGGUGAUCUCAGUCAGUAUACUACUGCUCUUAAGGACGUUACUAUUAUUCGACUGUUGAAAGAGAUAAGCCAAGUUUAUGAAAGUAUUGAAUAUUCUCGCCUUAUCGAGCUGUGUCCUGCUAUCGAUAAAAUUCAUCUAGAACAUAUGAUUGUGUCUGCUGCGCGUCGUAAUGAUCUGCAAGUUCGUAUUGAUCAUCGUGGUGAAUGCUUCUACUUUGGUACUGAAUUAAGAGCUUCUCAUGGCGAAGAAAUCAUUGAAGGGCCUCAUCUCCAGAGUAUGCCAAGUGAACAACUCCGCCAGCAGUUAGUUACCAUGUAUUCAGUUCUUCAGAAAGCUCGAGCGAUGAUGGAACCUGAUAAGUUGAAGCAACAAAAGACCGAAGUAAAACGACGAAUGAUGGCUACUUAUGAAGCUAAUAAGAAGGCUGAUCAUAAGGCUAUCUUGGAGCGUCAUGAUUACAUUGAAAGGAGAAAAGUUGAACUGGAACAAAUCGGUAUUGAACGGGAAAAGAAGGAAAAAGAGCUUUUAGAAGAAAAACAACGAGAGUUGAGAUUAGCAGAAGAAGAAAGAUUAGCCAAGGAAGCCGAAGAACGACAGCGUCAAAUGAAACUGAAAGAAGAUCUUGAAUUGAAAAAGAGAAUGGCUCUUGAUCAAUUGGAAAGAAUGAAAACAACUGACCCUAAACUCCUCGAAGGUCUUAACGAAGACGAAUUAGGUAAAUUGAAAAUUGAAGACAUUAAAAGUCGACAAAUGAAACAAUUAGAAAAGGAGCGAAUUGACCAGAUAACUCGUCAAAGAAACUAUGAACGAAAAAUUGAUCACUUCGAACGAGCUAAGAGACAAGAAGAAAUUCCAUUAUUGCUUCAAGCAUACGAUGAAUGGCGUAAAAGAGAUGAAGAAGAAUGGAUUGAAAUGGAAAACGAAAGAAUCGCUGCUUUACAUGCUGAAAGGGGACAAGCAAUUCAACACAAAGAAAGAUUAAAUCGAAUGCAAGAUGAUCGUGAUUCAUUCGUCAAUCAAGUACGAGACCGUCGUCAUAAGUCUUACGUUGAACAAUAUAGUGAAUGGAAGAAACAAUUCGAUGAAGCUAAGGUCGUUAAAUUAGCUGAACGAAAAGAAAAACGAAAGGUCGAGCGUAGAGAAACCUAUUACAGGGAAAAGAAAGAAGCUGAAGAGAAGCGUAAAGCUGAAAUUGAAAGAAAACGCAAAGAAGAAGAGCGCAAGAAAAAAGAAGAAGAAGAUAAAGAAAAGAAUAAAAGACUCGAAGAGAUCGCUAAAAAGCAACAAGCCAAGGAAAAAGAAAUUGAAGAAAGAAUGGCACGAGAAAGGGCACAGGAAAGAGAAUUGGCUCGAGAAAAAGAUGCACCUAGAAAAGAAGAGAAAGUUAUCGAACGUAAGCCACCUCCACCAUCUGAAGGAGACUCUGUCGAUAACUGGAGAGGAGGCUCUGACAGUCGUGAACCGUCUCGAUUUUCACACCCUAGUGAGUCUAAAGAACGAACUAGGUAUGUUGGCCGUAGUUCUAAAGAUUCGUAUGCUCCUCGUGACUCUGGCAGGGACAGGGACAGAGACAGGGAAAGGGACAGAGGGACGGAACAGGAGGAUCUUGGUGGUUGGAGAAGAGCUAGAAAUGAUGACUCUUCGAAAGGAUUUGACAAACGACGUCAAUUUGAAGAUCGACCUCGUCCAUCUCCACUAUACUCCAGACGUCAAGAACAGGAAAAAGAACCUGAUGAUGCUGGAGAUUCUCGUUCUAAAUCAUAUAAAUCCGCUAGACCCACCUGGAGACAGGAUAGAGAUGAAGGUGAUCGUGACAAAGAACGUCCUAGAAUUAAUUUAAAGAGCGAUAAACCAAGUCCUCGACCUGCUCCUAAAAAAUAAUUUACUUUAUUGAAAAACAAGAAAAAAUUAUUAUUAUUAAGGAUAUCAAAUGAAAUGAUAGAUUGGUAUUGAUUUCAAACUUAUUCAGUUUUUUGUAUAAUAUAAAAAUUAAUUGCACUUUA